AUGCCAAACUUUAAUCAGUCGCCAUUGAGUUGUUUACCAGCCAUGAAGUACUUCACAUUGUUUUUCCUGCUGUGCUGCCUGAUGGCCGGAGCACUGAGUGCCCCCCAGUGGCCAGGAUCUGGAUUUGGAUACGGUUUUGCACCCUACGGAGGCUACGGAGGAUAUGGAGGAUACGGAGGAAGCUAUUCUUCGGCCAGUGCCGCAGCGAGCAGUAGUGCAGGAGGAUAUCAGGGAUUUGGAUACCCAGGAUACGGUGGCUACGGCGGAUUCGGCGGAGGAUAUAGCGGCGGCUAUAAUCAGCAGUACAAUCAGUUCAGCAACUACAACAACUUCGGAUCUUCGGGCUACGGAGGUUAUCCGUUUGGAAGAUGA